AUUUAAGCCUAUUUUUGUUAAUUUGUUGAUCGAGUGAAUCAGAAUCAACAAACAACCGUGUUUGUUUGGGUAGAGAUUAAGUGUCUGAGAAACUGAAAAACAGUUAAUUAAUUGAAUUCUUGCUUAAAACUUAUGGACUUAAACCCCAAACAAACAUCUUUAAUAGUUUAGAUCAUCAGCUAAUAGUGUAGGCCUAAUCAAAAGGAGGAAAUCAGUGUAGGCCUAGCUGCAGACUGUUAGCAUUGUUAGUCUUCAACUCUAGUCUAUGAAUAGUUUCCAGCCUAGUCUGAGAGUUCUGGUUUGACAUCAAGAAACGAUGUACUGGACUGUACGCCUCAGCGGCGGGCCCCAGAGGGUAAACCAUGCAGCUGUGAUCAUCGGAGAUAAAGUGUACUCCUUCGGUGGAUACUGUUCUGGUGAAAACUAUCGCUUGCAACGUCCCAUCGAUGUGCACAUAUUGAAUACUGUUACGUUGAGGUGGAAAGUGUUCCUUCCACCGGCAUCAUCAAAACACGAAGCUCCUUACCUCCGCUACGGUCACACUGCUGUUGUGUAUGGCACUAAAGUGUAUGUCUGGGGCGGACGGAAUGAUGACUCUGCCUGUAACAAACUCUACUGCUUUGAUACAGAAAACCUGGCUUGGUCCUGCAUCAAGACUCAAGGGAUAAGACCAGGAGCCAGGGAUGGACAUUCAGCAUGUGUCAUAGGUGAUGACAUGUACAUCUUCGGAGGUUUUGAAGAUGACGAAGAUAGAUUUUCGCAGGAUGUGUACAAGCUUUGCUUACGUACCUUUACCUGGUCCUAUGUCUACACAACGGGAGACCCACCAUCGUACAGAGACUUCCACUCGGCCACGGCCAUAGGCAACCGGAUGUUUGUUUUUGGAGGACGAGGGGACCAGACGGCGCCACAACACUCCAUGAUGGAGAUAUACUGUAACAGCAUCGUCUAUCUGGAUGUUGUAGAGAAGAAGUGGUGUAAACCAGCCACUACAGGAGACAUACCUGUGGGGAGGAGAAGUCACUCUGCUUUUGUUUACAAAGACCACAUCUACAUUUUCGGAGGAUUCAACAGCCUGAAGGGGAUGCACUUCAAUGACCUGCACAGAUUCAACCCUUACACGAUGACAUGGCAAUGUCUGCAGCCUCUGGGAGAGCCUCCGUCCAAACGCAGGAGACAAUCCUGUGUGGUCAGUGGCAGCCGCAUGUAUCUGUUUGGUGGCACCAGCCCUGUGCGGGAAGAUGAAUUACCACCACCAAACUACUACCCUGAUCAUGAUCAUUUGGAAUCAAGGCUCAAUGACCAUGAUGACUUGCACAUAUUGGAUUUUGAGCCAUCCCUGCAAACCCUCUGCCUAAUGUCUGUGAUAAAGCACCAACUCGAUAUCACAUAUCUUCCAGACAUAUUGAAAUGGGAGUUCUAUGCGAUGACAACUCACAACUCAACCAUCCAGAGGCUUAAAAGUAGCAAUCAGGGAUAAAACACCAGCAACAACCACGUAACGUAACUUUCUUUCAGCAUUUUGGGUCAUCAGGAUUUUCACAUUUCAUAUGUUUAUACGGCUUGGCAAUUUUAAAGAAUUCGACCCCGUUAAAAAAGUUGAAAGCUUAAUUUUUUCAAAGGUUUUAUGCUCGAAGAGUGUACUGCUAAUAAGACACAGUCACAGUAUUAAUGUUAACAUUAAUACGUAAAAACAUUACGUAUAUUUUUAGCAUAAUAAUAUAUGCUAACUCUAAUAAAUAUGUGCAUUUUCUUUCCUGAAAAAUUAAAUCAGAUAACCUUGUACCAACUAGGGUUUACUUAUUGUUUAUUUACCCUUAUCCUUAUCAGUUACAAAGGCUUCCAGUCAAAUAUGUAUGAAAUGAGUACAGUAAAGUAGGGAUGAGCAGGAAUAGGUCAAGCACGAUGUCCACUAUCGACAGUAACAUCGGUGUUAAACAUUGAUGUACCGAUAACACUGUCACAAAACAUAGAUGUUUUCAAUGCAAUUAUAUCAAUAUAGCCGAUGGUUUUUAGUUAUAUAACGAGAUAACCUAGUUAGUGGCUACUUAACUAGCUGGAUGUUCUAGACUGACAGUUUCUCUUUCACAUUUGCAAGACAAAAUAUCUGUUUUAAUUGAUUAUUCUGAAGCAGGAGUGCUGCCGAUGAAAUUGAUUACUAAUGAAUUCAUUUUUGGGAGGAUAUAGAACAAGCACUUCAGCAAUGUAGAUAUUUUAGUCAUAUGUCAGAUCUCACUUCUGUAUUGUUUAGGUCUAGUCCAGUUCACGAUAUUUCAUCAGAUUUCAAUAGAAUAAAUACAAAAAUUCACUUUCUUUAAGCAUUCAAAUUUUCAUUAAAAAAACUAAUACAAUUCAGUAGCAGAAUUCAGUAACAAAAACAUUGGUAUCCAACCAUGGUUGUGAAAAACAUCGAACGUCGAUAGGAACCUGGAUGUUUCAAAAAUAUGGACUAUCGAUCAUCCCAACAGAAAACCCUAAUUAAUUUGUGCUGAUUGGGCACCCAUAUCAUCCAGUUUAAAUUAAAUAUUUUCAAUCUGGAGAAAUUCAAUGAUGUACCGGGACUAUUUGGGUACCCUUGUGUUUAAUAAAUCUCUUUUAGAUAAUAAAAUAUCAAAUGUGUGUUUUGAACUAGGCCUAUGAAAAAAAAACACACAGAAAACAGCUUUAACCAUCUUUGUAAGAUGUGCUAAAAACUCCUCAUUUUAAUUUGAUGGAUUUCAAACUUAGUUCUAUGAAGAGCAGCUAAAUGAAAGUCUAGGAAGGGAAGUCAAUAUUACUGAAGCCCAAAAAUGGGAGUUUACUGUACAUUAUAGGGAGAGUACAAUAUUCAAUGUGCACUUUUAACUCUAAUGAUAUCUAAUUGAGAUUAAUAUAUACAUAGAUACGUGUCAUAGACUCGUAGAUACAUUUAAACAAUUAAAUCAAACAAAAUUCAGAUUGGAUUGACUUUUCAGUUAGUAGUAACAGUAAUAAUUUUUUUUAAUUAAAUCAUCUGCUUGAAAAAUUUGUGAAAUCCAACUGAAGAAAUAUACAUUUUUAUGGAUUCAAAAUCAAGACUAUUGAUUUAUACUUUUAUCUAAUUUCAAAUGUGUUUUGUAGGAAAUAUUGUCUAGUAAAAGCCUUUAAUUUUAUUGUGAAGAAAAAAAGGUGAGAAAUUCAUGCUUAAAGUUUAUGAAAAAUAUCCUUUCUCAAGAUUAAGUCUUUUUAUAUAUUUGGUUUGUAUAAAAUACUCAAGUAGUCAAAUUAAUAAUUCCUGAUGACCCUGAAAUGUAACUCAUUAAUUUAGCUUUAGUGUGGUCACUUAUUGACCCUGAUUUAUUGAACAAUCAAUACAACGUUCAGGAAUAUCUGCUUUAUAAUAUGUUUUCUUUAAAAAUAUAUUGUGAUAUCAGUAUCUAAGAUAACUAUCUGUAAAACUCAUUUUUCAAUAAAAUAUCAAAACUAUUGAAAUCAUUUUAGUUUUCCGUAUUUAAUCUAUAAUUCAGUUAAUGAAUAAGAAUUAUGGAUUCACUUAGGAAUGUUAACUUCCAUAGCUGCAAUAUAUUUUACAUCAUUUGUUUACUUAAAUGCAAAUAAUAAUUAUUGUUUUGCCUGAUGCUUUCAAUUAGGUUAAGGAGUUAACAUUUUUUAUUAUCUGACAAAAACUAUUCAUCAAUAAUUGCCUACAAUUACCUAGUUACCUUCUAAUUUGUACAAUUAGUCAUCCAAUGUAAGGACUGUGCACAUUGAUGUUUUUUUGAAACAUUUAAACAUAAGUUUAACAAGGGAAGUAUUUUGGAUCGAAGCUGUUAUUAUUUUGACAUGAAAGAUUUACUAAGCAAUUAACAAACUUGCUUUAAUUUAAUGUUUAAAAAUGGUUGAUUUCACUAGCCACCAUUUAUAUAUUUAUAAAAAUCAAUCCUAUUAGAAUACAUUCUUUAUGUUUGUUGUUACAAAAUAUAUAUUUGUAUUUGUUCUUAACUGUAUAAUUUUAGUAUAUUAUUUUCUACGGGAAACAUAACGUAAUGCGAGUUGAUAUUA